UGUAUCCUCCUGUACUUUAUUUCGACGCAUCUUAAUUACGACGCCAUUUUUGUUUUGACCUCGUUUUCGAUUUCGGGUUUCCGUAUGACGUCACUCUCACGCUUUUUAGUAUAUAAACACCACGGUGAUUUCUCGCAGCGAAAAUGUGGAGAGUCAGGGAUUUUGAGACCCCUAAAGUCAAGGUCAGGAAUUACUCUCCUACUUCUAUGACAGCAGCUUACUUAAAAUGCAGGGAGGCAGGGGCCCCAAUAAGAACAACUGCUCGUCAGUAUGGUGUGCCACAGGCUACAUUAAGACACAAGCUUAGUGGAAGAACCAAUCCUGAGGCUGUUCGUUCAGGACCACCACCUUUAUUUACACAGGAAGAGGAAGCCUUAUUAGUGGAACACCUUAUGUUCACUGCUUCUGUUGGAUAUGGAUACAGCAGGAAGGAAGUUAUUGAUAUUAGCACAGAGUAUGCUGUUGCUUUGGGUCAUAGACAACCAGGGGAACCUUUAUCAGUUGGCUGGUUUGUAUUGUUCAAGUCUCGGUGGCCAGAGCUGAAGAUCCUUGCUCCAAGAGGCCUUGAACUUCAGCGUGCCAAGGCAACGUCACAGGAAUGCGUGGAUAGAUAUUAUAAAGAACUGUCACAUAUUCUUGUUAAAUACAAUCUUUGUGAUCGUCCAGAGAGACUUUAUAAUGUUGAUGAAAAAGGCUUAAGUACUAGACAUAAGCCUCCACCUGUUGUCUCUGGGCAAGUAAAAUCCCAAGCUGUAGUGUCAGCCAGUAGGGAUAAUGUUACCGUGUUAGGUUGUGGUAAUGCUCAAGGUCAGCAAAUACCUCCAUACUUUGUUUUUCCUGGUGUUCGAAUGAAUUCCGCAUUGCUUGAAGGUAGUACUCCUGGGGCUGAUGGUACUGUAUCAGAGAGUGGUUGGAGCAAUAGUGAAAUCUUUAAGCACUAUCUCCAAUCACAUCUGAUAAAGUACUUUCCAGAAAGAUCUGAAUCUUGCCCAGUUGUUUUAUUUUAUGAUGGGCAUAGAUCUCAUAUUAAUCUUAAUAUUGUUCAGUGGGCAAGGCAAGAACACAUUAUUUUAUUUAUUCUUCCUGCUCAUACAUCUCAUGUACUUCAGCCCAUGGAUGUAGGUUGUUUCGGACCUUUUGAAAAAAAUUUCAAACAAUGAACCAUGCAUUGAGUCUGACGUUGUUUUAUCUAAAACUGUCUCUCCUGCUUCUUUUUUCACAAAUAAAAAAACCUCUCUGACAUGUAAGAAGCCACCUACUAAGAAAAGAAAAUAUUUAAGUACGAUUGUGAGUGGUAAAGCAAUUACAGAGGAUGAUAUGUUUGAAGCAAUUAAAGAACAUGAAGCUGCUCGCAAACCAUCAAGUACAGGUAAAGGGAAAAAAACAUCAGAGAAAGGUAAAAAACAAAAGAAAAGUAAUAAAUCUGACCCUGUCCCUAGUACCUCUGUCAUCAGAAAGCAGACUGAAGUUUUUACAAAUGUUGAUGAUGAUGAUGAUGGUGAUGAUAACUCUAUUGAUGAAUCUGAAAAAUGUUGUGUGUGCAACAAAUUCACACCUGAUGAAGUCAGGAAUAGUGUGUCUUUGGUAUUCACUAAGUGGGUGCAGUGUGACAAAUGUGGACACUGGACACACUUGAAAUAUUGUACAAAUAUUGCUGUUGUUCGAAGAGGUGACCAUUUUUUUUGCAAACAUUGCACUCCAGAGGAGUAAAUAAUGGUAAAUGUAUGUAACUAUUGUUGUUUUUAUUUACCUGUAAUGAAUGUUAAGCAUGUUUGAAUGUAAUUCUCUGAAAGACUGCAAAUCUUGUUAUAACUAUCAUAUAUUUAUGCUUGUCAGUGAACUGAUUGUUUUUAAAAUGUUUCGUGCUGUUUACAAAAUUGCUGUACAUCAUUCUCGCAGUGAAAAGGAAGUGUACUUUCGUUUUAGAAAGAUUAAAUAUAGAAACCAAUCAAAUGCGUCGUUUCUCUGUACUCUCAUAUCCGCCAUAUUGGAAAUCACCCCUUGACAUAUAUUUGAUUUGUUUGUUUUAACAAUAGUUUUCAGCUAAUGAAAAAAAGUUGUAAAAGAUGGAAAAAUGAACAAAAAUUCCAUUGCUAAGGUAAUUUAUCAGUUGACACCUUUAUUUGAUUCGGUGCACAGCGAUUGUUUCUUAGGUGCGUCGGAACUGCGUACACGAGGAUAUAGUAAACAAUGGCUGAAGUUAGACAGUAACUGUUAAUAACGAUUUCGCAAAGAUCCGGGAUAUGUUUGAAAGUGUAUAGUAGACAAGUUGAGUGUUUUGAACAUAUCUGGUAAGGAUGUUAUUGUAAAUCUGCCAGUUGGAUAUGGGAUCCUUGGCGUUCUGAAACUGGCCAUGUUUUUGUCACACGAUACAACUAUCGUCACGUGGGUUUCAGUGGUGGCAGUGGUUAAAGUAGCUAAGCGAGACGUAACCGCUGUGAGGAGUUUGAGCUUGAGAUUUUGACUUUGAGAACGUUAGUGAAAGCCGGGCCUGGUUUAUACACACGACACGGCUUCUCAUAGAUGGGAACAUUUGUAGGAAGUUUCAUUGGAAUCCCUCCGUACCUGUAGGAGACAUGCUCUGGACGAAAUCUUUAUAAUUAUUUUAUCAUCUUUAGUGACCUUGACAAUCAUCUUUACUGACCUUGACCUUGCAUAUAUUAACCUAAAUUACAUGUUUCACACCAGCAGUCAUGAAAAUGAACAUUUGUGUUUCAAAUCCCUCAAUAAAUGAUGACUAAAUAGUCCCAAUACACAUUUUCAAAAUUUUAAUCUGAAAUUUGACCAUAUAUGUGACAUUGACCUUGGCCGCAGGGACCUAAAUUUUGCAUGCGCCACUCUGCCUUGCAAUAGUAAACAUUUGUGCAAAGUAAUAUUGAAAUACCUUUUUGCAUGUAGAAGUUUUGCUCUGGA